CUGAUGUUGCUAAGUGAUGUCUACACAGGUUCAUCGUAUCGUAGCGUGGACUAUUUACCGCUGUGAUAUUAACGUCAAUUAUUUUGGACUUUUCUUCAUUUGAACUGUAAUUACUGUGAUCCAAGAUGACCGUGAGCCUAGAAGAAUAUUUCAGGACAACAUUUGAGGACAAGCUCCUCGUAAAAAUGCCAGAGCGAGAGGACGACCACCUGACUCCGGCUACCAGACUCCUGGAGAAACGCCGAGAGAUGUCAGAGGUCGAACAAGCCCUGGGAGCUCAAAAAGAGGAGUUCCAGAUGAAGAUGGAGAGUCUCUAGCAACGACGGGAAGAACUGGAGAGGAAAGAGUACCAACUUAAGGAGUCACUUCUCAAAUUUGACAAAUUCCUUAAGGAAAACGAUUCAAAGCGCGCCAGAGCAAUCAAGAAAGCUCAUGAUGAGAGAGAGCUAAAAAGAGCCAAAGAGAGGGAAAUAUUAAGACUACUCGAAGAGAAGAAGGACCUGCAGGCAUCCAAGGACAAACUCCUAGCCCGGCUCAACAAGCAUAAGAUCUACCACCGAUACCUGGAGAGAACGCUGGAGGCGGCGGAAGAGUUCCAUGAGAUUCGGGAGAUCAUCGCUCGCUACGAGACACUGGUGGCCACUCACACAGACCUGCUGGACAAGUCUCACAAGACACAGGAUGCUGUAGAGAGGGAGAAGGCGGCGCUGGUCAAGUUCACCGAGGAGAAGAACAACGAGAUCCUGCACUACAACAACAAGCUGGCCAAGCUACAGACCAGACUGGACAAAGCACAGAGUGAAGCCGUCAAAUGGGAGUCACAGUGGACACACAUCAAGAACACUGCAGCCAAGAAGACAUUACUCCUUGGAAGAAUAAAAAUGGCGACACACAAUUUGUUCCAACUUGUCAAUAAGCAUCUAAAACAACAGACAGUGGCUGAAGACACUGCUGACCAGCUGACAAGAAUUCAGAUGUUUAUCAUGGAUCUGACGCAAAUCACCACGGAGAUCAAGAGAGCCGAGGCAGUAGGGACAUCAGCUGUGCCAUCGUCCAGUUAGACGUCAGACGUCGCGUAACAUUUCUUCUUGAUUUUAUGGAAAUUCCCACUGGCUUUAACCAAAGUGUCUGUUGACACGAGACACCUCAUGUCUGGCCUUCAGUUUUCUUUUCAUUAUUUACACUAAGACAUUGUAGGCCUACUUAGUCUUUUGUUAGAAUGUUCGAAUGAGUUACCUGCCAAAGACAGAUGUUCAAUUUUAAUUUUCCACAUACAUCUCCCGGGUAAUUCAAGUCUACUGAAUACUCGAUCUAAAGUUCAAAGUUAAAUCUCGUGAACCACUGGUGAAAGAGUGUUGGUAUACAUGUAUCUUUGUCUUAGAAAUUGGACUUCAUGCUUUAACUGUAUGUCGCAGCAGCGAACUAUUUUACCUUCCAGGUUAGGGGAAAACCCGCUUUUUGAAUGAAAACAAAUCUGUUCAAGUACCCGGAAUAUAAAUCAGAGAGCUGAGAUCCUUAUCCUGUAGGUAUCUUUCCGAAUCUAAAGAAGUGAACACAUCAGAAAUAAAGCAAACUGUAGACCUUCUGAUCCUUGUGAACAACUUCCAGAUACAUCUCUUCAGCAUUCCUGCCUUUGUUUCUUGUGUUCUUAAACCUGUGCGUGCCGAAAGGUUUGAGAAAUUAAGCCCCUCAAUUCAGUUCAUGUCUUGUAAGUGCAGAUGGUAACCGGAUUGAGUUUUCAUCGACUUCUUUUGAAGGCUUGUUUGCAUCUUGAGAGGAUUUCAGAAGGAUAAUACACUGUAUCGACUUUUUGUCAGUCUCAAAAAUUGCCUUCAGAAAUUAGAAAACCCAAGAACUUUCUUAAAGUUGAAUUUUCUUUACAAGCCCCUCUCGCAGAUUGAUCAACUUAACAAUAUCCCACAGCACAUUUGAAUUAGGGCACACGAAUAUGAAUUGGCAUUAUUUUACCAAUUAAAGUGUGUAAUCACAUUACAGAGUGCUUGUCGAUGUCCUUGCAAGCAAGUCAGUGCUCGUAAUAGGCUUAGUUUUAAUUGAAAAUGAAUAAUAUAGAAAUUAAUUUUGUCAAAUGCCUGGGGCUACUUUCUGAAUGAGAACAAGAAUGAGUUUAUGUAAUUGGAUUUUGUGACUUUGUUUGGAUCACUAAUGAAAUGUUUCCAGAGUUUUUGAACUUAGAACGCAGUAAUGACGGUUUACAUUUUUCGUACGUCCCCAAAUUGCUCACAGUCACCUGAGAUAAUUGUCUGCUCUGCCCUGCUUGUGUUUCUAGCUCUUUCAAGGCCUACCUCUCAUCAGUUCUCCUAAAGUGCCUGGCAAAACUAAUAUUUUCGCUUCUCUCCAAUUAAUCCAUAUGCACUGUCGGACCUUCAUCGAGAGCCCUCCUGUCGUUUCGCCUCCCCCCGUCUGUUUUGUUCACAAACAUCGGUUGAUCCCGUGGGGGUGGUUAGCGCCGAGACUUUCAAUAUCGUCUCGGGCAUUAGAUGGGAUUGUUUCGGCGAGAAUCCCUCGAGCUUUCUCGGCAGAUUCUUGGAAUUGGAAGGAGGCAGUGAGGCAUUCGAAAAAGGGGAACUUAAACGCUGUUGGCGAAAUGGAGUCUGCAGUAUAAUUUGAUACAUAUUACAUAUUAAAUUUACAAGGUCCAUCUUGCGAAUGGAAGGAAGGCAUUGGAAUCGCAAAUGUCUGCCUAAUAUGACUUCACAGCAUCCCAGUCUGUAUCAGUCAUGGACAUUGGUGGUCUACUUGAAUAGGAUUUUGAUGAACAAGUAUUGUAUUUCGGUAAAUACAUGUACAUUUGUAUAUAAAUGUUGUAUAAUAAAACACCAUACACGAUCA